CGGCGAUAGUCUAAUUGAAGAUCGCAGUAUGUGAAGGACACUUGUAUUCAUUCAACAUUUUUUAAUAUUUUUUGUUAUUAUCGAUCAAUUGAAUAUUUAAAUCGACCCAUCAAUUAAAUUAUGACGAAUACAACAGGAUAUUGUUUAUUUAAUACCGGUUUGUUGAUUGUGUACAUUAUUUAUCUUCAAUCUGUUAUAGCCGAAAGUAAAAUAGAAAGUGCAAGUGAUUUGGACCGAGAAUUCGCAGAUAAACCAACACGUUCUUUUCAUUGCUGUGCAAGACAUGAAAAAAAAGUGGACGUUGGUUACGGUGUAUCAGGUGAAGUAAUAUCUAUUGACUCAGGACAAUGUAGGAGAGUUUGUCCUCGUCAUGCUUCGGAUGACCCUGGGGAUGUUAGUAAACCUGCUGUACAGAGGUGUCCACCCCGUUCACAAUGUCAUGCAAGAUCGUCACGAAUGGAGAGGAUUUCAACGCUUCAAGGGGUUAAAAUAGUCGAAGUAAUAGAUAGUUGUGACUGCUGGCAUGAAUCACGAUGUCGACGAAUAUCUUUUGAACAACUGGUACAUGCAGGGACACCUUAUCAAGUGUCUAUGGAUGUUGGCCUUUGUUUGGGAACUUGUUCGAAAGCACUGGGUUGUCGGCCUCUCAAAAAUAGUACAAUCAGUAUAAAAGGACCAAAUGGGGAUGAAGUCUAUCAAGUGAUCAGUGAGUGUGGGUGUGCUAAUAAUUGCCAUCGAAUGGACCGGAUUGAAAGUGUUCUCGACUACAGUCAACUUGAAAUUAAACGAGGCUCCAAUACGAGUGAUGUUAAACCAAUUGUUAGGCAUAUAAAUGUAGGACACUGUGAUGGAUCAUGUCCAGGAAAUCGAACGGAAAAAACUUGUUUAUUACGAGAUAAAAAAAAUCCUACAAGAUGUUUAGCUGGAUUAUAUUCGAAACAAUAUAAAUGCACACCCGUACGAUUUAAAGUACACGAAUAUAGAACACGAAGAGGCUUAAAGAGAGAAAUUAUUGAAAUUACAUCUUGUGCUUGUGUAUAAGUAUAAUAUGAUAUCUUUUUAAAAUAUUUAUGGUGGCGAAGCAAAAAGGUAUAAAGCUGUACAAACAAGGUCAACUUUUAAACCAAGAGUUAUUUUACCAAAUGAACAUUUAUUUCGUUUUUUACCUUGUAUAUAAAAAAACAAUUCUCUUGGUUGGGUGUAGCAAUAAUGAUAAUAAUAAUUUCGUAACAUCAUUAAAAGAAAUAAUAAAGAUCAUUUCAAAUCUCAAGGCCGUCCUCGGGAUUGUUCAGAGCCACGUCACUGUCUUCCUUCUUCUUCGUGAACUCUUUUUUUUAUUUUUAUGAACUUUGCUGUACCACAUAGGGACGAGUUUGAGGUAUAAAGAAAUCUUUAUCGUCGGUUGAAUCUGUCAAAUUUUUUAAUUUACUGUCACCACUCAGUUUUUUAAUAAUCGAAUCCUCAUGUUCUUCGAUCGGUAUCACUCCGUUCUAGAUAAAUAACAGAAUAAAUUUUUAUUUAAGUAAAUGAAUUAUAAUUAAAAUAAUAAAUAAAAGAAAGAAAAAGAUAA